AACUUCCGCAAACUCUCUUCGGAGUCCGUCAGUCAUCAUGUCCAACAAUAACGCGAGCAGCAGCAGUGUGGCUGUGGCGCAGAGAGCCGUCAAACAGCUCAGACUAGAGGCCAAAAUACGACGAAUUAACGUUUCUCAAGCUGCCACAGACCUGAAGAACUUCUGCCUGCAGAACGCCCAUAAAGACCCGCUGCUGGUGGGUGUGCCGUCCAGUGACAACCCCUUCCGCCCGCCCAAGUCCUGCGGCCUCCUCUGAACAUCUGCUGUCUGAUCACAUCCAGAUGCGUUUCAGAUGAUGUGGCUGUCUUCUGCUGUCUGUUUCUACCUUUACACUACUCCAUAAAGACCUCCUGGAGCACUACACACACACAAACACUACUUAGCAUAGCAAAAAAA